AAGACACUCCUGCCCUAAUGGGUGAUGAUAAAUUGGAUCCAUCUAAAGCUUGUAAUAUUUCACAAGAUUGCACUGGACAGCUGGGACCAUUUUGCAGCAGUUUUGAAGAUCAUACUACCGAAUCGGAUUUAUUACAUACAUUCGAGUUACCAAUAUCACCAAGUCAAGAUUUAUUUGGUGAACCUACAACAUCAAGCUCCAAUAGAUAUUCUCCUCCCAUUGGUCGUACAACGGUAACUACUCCAUCUUGCUUCUGGAAAAACUGUGAAUCUUCUGUUCAUCAAGUUUGUGUUAACACAGAUAGUGGAUUUUCUAGUUGGACUGGAGGAGGUGAUUCUAAAACUAGAUCUCCAUCAAAUCUGAUUUCAUCUUACUGUGCCUUACCUCACUCAAUUUUUUCAUCACUGAUAUCAUCCGAUCGUGAAAGUGUUUUUAUGCUGAAUCAAUCUGAUCAAGCUAAUUCGCCUUGGAGGCUGACACAUUUAAACGAAUCAGACGUAAGCUCUAGAAACUCUGUUACUAGCUCAAGUCCAUGUCUAAAUAAUUUACCUUGUGCUAGUGAACUUAAUGAAGAACUUUCAGAUAGAAUGUUCGUUACAAGUAUAAGUGAUAUGAUAAGAACUUCGCCAACUUGGUCUACUCCAUGGACUUGUUCAAAUAACUAUCCUCAUACAUGCGAACCAUGUAGACCAGUAUCACAAAAUGUUGUAGAUAUGAUAGAUUCUUAUCCAGAAACUAUUCCUCUCUCUGAUUUAUCAUCAUUUUUCUCUCUUGGAUUGAAUUCCGAAGGUCAAAAUGCAUGCAAUGAUUCAAACGGUUUACAGUCCCCCAAUGACAUUAAUGAUAAAAUUCAUAAAACAGAAAAUUCCGGUAACUUCUACUCAUCAAAGCCAUCAUAUUCUGUUUGUACACAUGAGAAAAAUCAUUCUCAUUUAUUUCGCCCAAUUCCUAUUCGCGAAGAAAGCAAAAUUCAUGGGGAUUUGUUCAAUUCUUCAACUUUAUCUUUGAUAAAUACACAUUCUAAUCGACUUACUGCCGUGCAUCCAAAUAGAAGCACUGAUAUAAACUCCAGUGCUUCUAUUUCACGGCAAUCACAACAUGCGAACUGUCGGCCUAGAACUAUAUCCUAUACUGCCUACUUAGAAUCAUCAAUUAGGAAACCACAAAUUAGCAGGCCAGGUUCUGCACCAUUACAACGUGAGAAUUUAUUUAUUCCCGAAGAAGAUUCCGAUUCAAGUGAAAAUAAUGAGCAUUCAGAAGAAAUGAAGGACAGUUACUUCAUGCAUAAACGCCGUAAUAAGAAAUCAACAUCCAAAAUGUCUACACGUAGAUUUUCGCAAAACUACCAGUCUAACUCGUGUGGUCAUUGCGGUACGGAUAUAAACGAGAAUAAUUUUGAGGAUGCAAGCAUCCUUGAGAGUGCCGAUUCUACGAACGUGGGACAUCACAGUAGAUAUACGAAUUGUAUUUAUAACAGGGCAACAAACGUAGCUGGCCGACAUAUAUAUCCAAGAAUAAAUUUAGAUAGUAACAAUUUACAUAUAUCUCCUGACCAGUGCCUUACAAAUUUAUCAUUAUGUCCAGAUUAUAGAUCAGUUCAACAUGAUGUAAGCCGUUCAAACACAUAUGGGGAAGGUUAUUCACCGAACUAUACUGUCGCUCCUCUCUGUUCCAUCAUUUCACUACCCAGUUCCCCCAUGAUGAAUACCAUGCCAGCAAUGACAAAUAAUCUAAAUGAAUUGAAUAGUCAUAAUAAUAAUAUACCAACAUUACAAUCGACGCCUAUGCCUGACGUUGUACCCCGAUUCGGGUUACAUAUGAAUAAUAAUGAUACUAUUACAAUUACGUCAAAUAUCACUUCACUUCAUCAUUCUUUAUUAUUACAACCAAGAUGUUCAUCUGUUCCACUUCUACAGCCAACAGCAUCAUCACCAACAACUUUAGGUUUUAACCCAAAUUAUUCUCACUGUCAAUAUCGUCGGCAUCAACAAUCUUCAGAUCACCAUUAUUACUGUGAUCAUUGUAAUUUAUCAACUGUACCACAAUUCAUUCACAACAGUGGAACAAACAUGAAUUUCUCGUCUACAUCGAUUAAUCCAAUACAACAUACAAGUUUAUUAGCGAGACGUUUGGCUUAUGUUGCAGAUGAAUUAAUGAUAGAUUAUUCAAGAAGAAAUCGAUCGGGGUGGUAUAAUUUGGUAAGUUAUGAUAUAAUUUUCAGCAAAUAAAUAAAUACUACGUUUGAAGCCGUUUUAUGGAGAUCAAGUUAAUUUGUAGCUGAUAUUUUUUACAAACGGAUCUCACCACAGGAGGGGGAUGCCAUUAAGAACCAGGAAGCAUUGGAAAGCCCCUGUUUCCCGGUAUAAAACUUCCUAGGAAUGCGUAACCGCGACCCAAAUAGCGUUUGUUGAACCGAAAAUCUUUAGGCGUCUUGGCUAAGGCUUGGCAAUUAAUUCCACCGGACCGACAUCCAGUGGUACUGUUCCAACUUCAGUGAAUUUGCGAUAUGAUCCAAUCAUUAUCCAGUGCCACUGAUGACAACCGUUUCACUCUUGACAUGUAUAUGAACUUCACCUGUACUUCCUGGUUUUCAUUAUUGCGCUAAAUGCUGUCAGUCUGUGAUGACUACAGGUUACCAGAUAAAUACUUGUUAUGUGUAAAGAGAUUGUAAUAACCCGUUGUUGAUAUUCUUCACUAAAUUUUUCCAGUCCUUGAUGGUAUGUAUAUAUGUAUAUUUAGUGUAUAACUCGAUAUAACUUUUUGUUACAAGUUUUUAUGUACAUCAGAGUUCUGCCCAAUAUUGGAAUCGGAGAUGUACACUAGUUUUAUGCUAAUUAGGACUUAUCAUCACCUGGAUAUUGUUAUAAAUUGUUGAAAGGUAUGACUGACUUAGUCUAAGCAAUCCUUGAAAUCUUGGAAGGACUGAAUAACUGUUUUGUUUUAGUUAUUAUCUCUUUCACUGUGUUGUACAUUCAUAAACUCACAUAGAGUACUGAUCUGAUUCAGUGAUUUAGCAGUAUUGUGCUCUCCACAAGAUAUGCAGGUGUUCUAUUCAAUCCUUUGUUUUACGUUGUGAAACUGGAUAUAUUACCAUUGAGUUUCAAACAAACACCAGAACAUCUACCCAAUAAUUCCUGAUAUUUAACGAUUCUCCAUUGUCCGGUAUCAGUUUAUGCAAAAAGUCACUUUAAAAUUUCAUAAAUUCCUGUGAAGCAUCCAACUAAAUUUGAAAAAGAAACCUGUCAAUGGACCUAAUGGGGAGUUGAUAUCUGGUAGUUUUAAUUCUGAAUUAUUGUGUUCAUUAUAUCAUCUAAGUUUUAAUCAUUGAUUUCUACACAAAAAUUGUGAUUGAUUGAAUUACAACUUGUAAAAUACAAUUUCUGUAAACUUGUAUACAUUUCUUUGUGUGGAAUCGUCACAAAUCCCUUAGAGUUUAUCAAUUAUAAAUACCAUUUCUACUUUAGUCUAUAACUAUUAAUAAACUUCAGAGAUGAAUUAAAUCGAAAUUGAAACAAUAUUUACUGAAUGAGAAUUGAACAAAUAUUCCAAUUGUACAUGACAAUCAGUUUUUGUAAAAUGAACUUCUGGUCUAUUUAAUAAUCAACUUGCAUAAAUUAUAGUCGACGGAGUUUGUUAACAUGAUGAUUAUUUUGAGAAAGAUAAAGUUAUUUUUGUAAGAUAUUUCUUGAUAAAUGUGACUGAACUCUUGAAUCGAUUUCCUAAGAUAAUCUAAUAACCCCAGGCUAAAUCUACACGACAACUUGAACACGAGAGAAAAGGCGCGAAUUAUAGAAAGAACGCCUUACUUCAGGGUUCAUUUCUGCACAGAAAACUGAAGGUAUUUAUAGCAUUGCAGAUGACCCUAGACUUCUGGAAGGUUAUGGACCCCUACUAAAAAUAGUAGCAGGGUAGGUAAUCAUCCAAUCAGAAAUGUGACACAUGACUAUUCACUUUCUAGGUGUUUCUGAAAAACUUAUAUUCAGUGCUGAUUGGUUAAAAUGCAUCCCAGAGAUUUUAGGGCCUCUCUGGACUAUUUUCAAAGAAUAUUCUGGAUCUCCCCACAUUUCUGAUAUCUGGAUUGUUUUGUGAUUUUAUUUGAAAUUAUUCAAUAAAUGUACAUUGGUUCAAUUUAUUAAUAUAGACUUUGUCUUACCAUUGGAACAUUGAGGGGAGAAAUUAAUAGGAUGAAAAGAAACAAACAUAGGAAUCAAUGCAAUAAUAUGAAAUAAUUGUAUGUCACUCGAACCCUGCUUUGACACCCUACAUUGGGUUUAUAUAACCAAAGCGAUAUUACUAAUCGUUAUAUAAAACGUUUGACUCAAAUUUAAGUAUGUAUGUGCGUACCUUUUAAUGGUAAAUUAGUUUGGAUUAGACACAUUGAUCAGUCCAAACAAAGACCUCCCUGAAGUCUGAUACACUUUCAAAAUUCUUCACUUUAUGGAAAGAAAACAAGAUUUGCACUUACUAAUAUUGUCUUUUUUAUUCACAAUUAUCAAUGGUUGGUAGUUUAUUAGCCUACUGUGGUGUUGUUAGUAGUAAUAUUAAUCUUAUUAUCCGACUGGAUAAAAUCUUCCUCUCCAUAAAUGGUAAACUUCCAUCAACCCAUAGUAAUGACUAAUCACAUGCAUUCAGUACUAUUAUAUGUAUUUUCGUUGUUUUAGUUUUUUCCAUACAUUUUUGUCAUAGACUUAUCUAUCAGUUAGUCAGUCAGUCAGUCAUAAGUAACGUAGAAAUCGAUGUUGUGUGGUGUAAGAGCAAGCUGGAAAAAGGCUAGGGACAGCCAAAUCAAAACAUGGCAUCAGUCCAUGAAGUCACUAACAGUUGAACCUAUCCAUAUCUGGUCCGGGUCCGCAUGAUUAUCGUAACCAAUGGUUAGAGACUUUGAAUGACAUGGCUCAAAAUCAUUUGCAAUGGCGCAAGUGUAUUCAGUCUCUAUUUCCCCAAAAUUAUGAGCUUCUAUAUUCCUCAUAAUUUUUUUCGUUUUUAUUUCACAAACUUAUAUUUUCUUUUCGAGUUUUAUCUUCAAUGCCUAAUCUUUCCUAUUACCACUGACACUGUUACUACCUCCAUUAUUCUGGGAUUUGGCCUAAGAACUUCAUCUCUCUAUGCUACUAAGGUAUGGGAACUUGAACCGCUGUACAUACGUACAGGUUAUGCGUUGUGACUGACCGAACGUACAUAUAUGCAUUAGUCCAAGUUGGCACAUUACCUCAGCAUAUCGAGAUGAAAUUAGAAGUAUCAGUGGCAGUAAAACAAAUUAAUCAUAGAGAAGGUAUUUGAAGAAUCUUGAAUAUGCAGAAUGACGAGUAUAAACUGAUUUCGAAACUUAGGAUCUAAGGAAAGACAAAGCGAAUGCCUCUUUGUCAUUGCGACGGAUUCUGAGCCAUACCAGUCACCGUCUCCAAUCACAUUAGUCAUGGUUGUAGUGGAGAUCAGAAGCUAGACCCAUGAAUAAUCAAUGGCUUCAUAGAUAGAUGCCAUGUCUUGAUUUGUCUGUUCUUAACUUUCUUCCAAUCCAACACAAUACUACCCAACAAUAUACACCAAAGUAGGCGGUGGUUGGACGCACCUAAAACAUGUCCCAAUCACCUCAGUUGAUGAUAAUAUCCGAUCUUAUGAGUCAGUUUGCCAUCUUUGACUGCUACCCCACAUCUAACCUUGACAUUUCUCACUCAGUGGUCUCAAUAUACACGUGGAGUGCUAGAACGGACUAAACAUGCUUUCUGAAUCCUUACCUAUUAUUCAUCAGACAUCAACCUAUUCAGAGCUGAUUAAAUUUGCAAGAUAAAUAAAAGUGGUCGACACGUCCAUCUACCUCACACUCCUGACCAUUAUUAGUUCAAGCGUUGUCGACACAGAGACAAUGAUCUCUAGUGCAAUAGGAUAGUAAACAUUUGAAAAACGUUGUUUCAUUUUUAUUUAAUAAAAUUGUUUUAGAGUCUUAUGCUUCCACAGACAGAGAUUGUUCUGUUCUGAUAAAUAUAUCUCAAAUAUAUAUGUGUUUAUCUCAUAUCGUUGGAUUACUCAUACCUACCAACUUACUAACCUACCUACCUAUACCUCCUAUCUUGUAACUCAUCUUUACUAAUUUUUGUUAAAGUACAGAAGAAUAAAUUUCUUACAAUAUAUGAACCGAAUCAAUAACUUGAUAUAACUAUGACUCACUUAGUCAUUCACUCAUUCAAACACACACACACACACUACCCAUUAUCUAGAUAAAUAGUCAAUCAUCUCAGGUAAAAGAUAGUACAUAUAUAGAUAGAUAUACACUGGUAAAAUUUCUGUUUAUGUAUACAAAUCUAAGCAUAAAACAAGUAUCAUGUGCUACAAAUGUAACCUUGAAAUUUAACCUUGAAAGUCAAGUAUAAGAUUUGCUUUCAUUAUGUAUUUUUUGUUUGAAAUCUUUUACAUUUUUACAAGUUUUCAAUAGUGUAUUAUGGUUUGACAAAAAAGAAAAGAAAAUGAAUUAUUGUAAUUAAUUUUAAUUUGGUCGUUUGUCAUUAUAAAAAAAAUUAAGAUGAGAUAGCAACAGUUUUGAAAAGUGUGUGAGUUGUCUAUUUGGUUAAGAGAUUAUUCUUACUGUUUUCGAUGUUCAAUGAAUGUAUUGUGUUUUAAUACAACUUUAAUCAUCUUCCAAUUCAUUCAUUGACUGAGUACUACAUAUGACAGUGGGAUUUCCAUCAAAGAUUUCACUUGAAGCUUUAAAUUUCACUACAUUUGUGCUUUCCAUCCAGCAUUUUCUACUGCACUGUACACUGAUUUAUCCAUAGCAAACAGUUGUGGAUAAUUUCAGAUGCUUUGAAUAAAAUAUCUUUUGAAAAUUACAGUUUACUGUACAGUAUUCACCUACUGAACGCA